AAUUAUGACUGGAAAACGUAAUCUCAAGGAAACAGGGCACGCCACGUUUCCUACAAGAUACGUAAUGGCGAUUAUGGGCUCAAUUGGGCUCGCCAUUAUCUACGGUUUCAAGGUAAACGUAAGUGUGGCCAUCGUAGCUAUGGUGAACCACACUGCUGUAAUAUUGUCCACGUUGCAUCAAUUAGAAUCGGGGAAUGCGACGAAUGUGGCCGACGAAUGUCAUCACCAUGAUGUUUCUUCUAACGCGACGACGAAAACCGUCAUCGAGGAUGGUCCAUUCGUGUGGAACGAACCUUUACAAGGCCUUAUCUUGUCAUCCUACUUCUGGGGAUACAUGAUAUCUUUACUUCCGGGGGGACGAAUGGCCGAACUGUUAUCCGCCAAAUGGGUGAUGAAUGGAUCGGUACUUCUGAACGUCGUCGCAUCUAUAUUAUCACCUGUUGCUGCUCAAACCCAUUAUUCUCUCUUUAUCGUGAUGAGAUUUCUUCAAGGAAUCGGUGGGGGAGUGACGUUUCCGGCAAUGCACGUUAUGAUCGCUAAAUGGGCUCCACCAAACGAGAGAAGCGUUCUUGCUUCGAUCGUUUAUGCAGGAACUGCACUUGGCACUGUGAUUUCUAUACUCUUAACGGGAAUGUUGGCUGCGAAUUUCGAAUGGAUAUGGAUAUUUUACAUUGAAGGUGCACUUUGUCUAAUUUGGUGCACGGUUUGGUGGAUUGUGAUCGCGGAUAGUCCAGAGGAACAAACGAUGCUUAUUAGUGAAGAGGAAAGGAAUUACAUUAUGGAAUCUUUAGGUCAAAAUAGGAAUAGUGAACAUAAAGUUCGUUUAAGAUUAAAAAAAAAANNAUUUAUGGCAAUUUUAAUUGCUCAUUUCUGUAGUAAUUUUGGAUGGUACAUGUUACUUAUUGAGCUUCCUACUUUUAUGAAUCAAAUACUAAAAUUCGACAUGAGUUCUAAUGCUGGUCUUUCUUCCAUGCCAUUUUUAUGCAUGUGGAUUUUCACUAUGGUUCUUAGUAAGGUGUUAGCCAUAAUGCAGGAUAAAAAAUUAAUUUCAGUAACAGUAUCAAGAAAAAUUGGGACAUUAUUCUCAUCUUUUGUUCCCAUGAUUUGUUUAAUAGGAGUAUCUUAUGUUGGAUGUAAUCGUACAUUAGCUGUUACAUUAAUGACUAUUGGAGUAACUUGUAUUGGUGGAAUGUAUAGUGGAUUUCUAUCCAAUCAUAUUGACAUUGCUCCAAAUUUUGCUGGUACUCUUGUUGCCAUUACGAAUUGUAUUGCUACUAUACCUGGAUUUGUAGUGCCAAUAUUUGUUGGAAAAUUAACGCACGGAAAUCAAACUAUAGGAGCAUGGAGAAUUAUAUUUUUUACAACUGUUGUUUUGUAUAUAAUUGAAAUAAUAGUUUACACUGUUUUUGGAAAUGGAGAAGAACAACCUUGGAAUAAAACUAAAUUAAUCGAUGAAGAGAUCAGUGAUCAAACAUUACCAUUAAAAGAAGAUUUUAAGAAAUGAUGUGUGACUUUCAAAAAAUCAGCUUUCAAAAAGCUUUUUAAUUCAAUUUUUGACUUUAUAUUAUACAAAAGAUUAUCAUUAAUAAUCCUUAUUCUACAAGGAACUUAUUUAUACAUUUAACAUCAUUAUUGCGUUACAAUUUUUGUUUUUAUAUGAAAAUUUUUUCAUACUUUACACUAUUAUAACGAUAAAAUAUAUUUUUUUAUUACUAUUAUACAUAUACAAUAUUAAAUAUUAUUUAUUAAAGAUAAUAUUUUACAUAUUUAAACAUAUUUAAUAACAAUAUUUACAUUAAAAGUACAAAUUUAAAUAUUUAUUUUAUAUUUAAUAUAGAAAAAAAAUACUCAUUUAUCUUUACUGUACUUUUACUAUUUUACAAAAAUAUAUUGGACCCCAAUUAUUAUGAGAAGUGGGUGUAACAAUAUGACCAUAUUUUAAACCAAUUUUGCCAAAGUCAUAUAUGCAUCGUAAGGGCAACAAUGCUUCUGUCAUAUCUCUACAAGAAUCAUAUAAUACGUAAAAAGUUAAUGUAAAUAAUAUAAUAUAUAUGUAAUAAUAUUAAUGUAAUAAUAUAUUUAGAGAAAUACAUACUUUACAACCAUGA